UUUUUACGUGAUAAAUGUGUUAACAUCAUCAUCACACAAUUACGAUUGGACAUAAAUUCAAAUCCACUUAAUUCCAUAAGGCGUUGAUAUUUGUGUCCAAAAUUGUCCGUGAAGGAAGGAAUGACCAAAUAAUAAUAGCAAUUGAAAUCCCCUUAAUGACAGGUGUUGGUUGGAAGGAGGUUUUUGGGCUGCAAGAACCACUGUCUUCUACUGCAUCUUAAACUCUAAUGGCAGCUGUUUCACUGGCAAGGCUUCCUUCUUGCCUGCCGCUGGAGGUUGCAGCUCACCAUCAGUCAUGUGACCAAUUAAACGUUUUGAGGGAGUGAUGAUCAAUUGCUUUUAGUUGCAACCUGAAAAGUUCUCAAACAUUUGUGUCCUGUGAAGCAUAAAACCUAGACAAGAAUGUUUACAUUAAAACAAACUAUCAAAUGCCUCUAAUUGUCCACGUAGUGUUUGACGAAUAACCCUAGAGAAGAUCAAGUUAAAAGUAAGAGUGAGUUACUUGGUGGUGACACAACGAUGGGCAAGGAUGUUGAACAAGAAGAAACUAGAGAAGAAAAGAGACAGUGGUGGGAUUAAAGAGGGGAGAGCCAUUUCUGUGAACUCUCGUUUUGGAUAAGCACUUACUCCAGAGCAAACAAUCAGGGUCUUUUGUGAGGCAAGAUCCUUUGGAAUUGACUGAGAGCAUACAUCAUACUUCAGCCAAAAUGCAGCAGUCUUUUCCUAAGGCAAGUGGGUCAAGAUUGCCCGAACUGCGAAAGAAGGAAGAAUGGGCAGCCAAAGAGAUCCAUUUAGCGGAUGAUAAGCAUAAAGUGUCUGAGCUCCCAAAAUCUCCAAAUUACUCUUCAUUGAUUGCGUUGUAUUUGCAAGGGAAUUAUGAGCGGACAGCUGUUCCUCCCCUAUUCUUUCGGCGCAUGGCCCUUCUCCAAGUAUUAGAUUUGUCCCAUACUAGCAUCAAAUCUUUGCCAAAAUCUCUCCCCAAGUUGGUUUCACUAAAAAAACUCUCGUUACGAGGUUGUGAACUCUUCAUGGAACUAUCACCUCAGGUUGGGAAACUCAAAAAUCUCGAGGAGCUUGAUCUUGAUGAAACUCAGAUCAUUGAUCUGCCAAGUGAGAUUGGGAGGCUAGUCAAGUUAAGUCAUUUGAGAGUAUCAUUUUAUCAUAUCUGUGGCAAAAAGAAGUCGAAAUCAAACUUUGUGAUUCACCCUGAGGCAAUAUCAGUUCUCUCGCAACUUGCUGAAUUAAGCAUUGAUGUGAAUCCGGCAGACAAGAGGUGGGAUGAUUCGGUGGAAGCCGUUGUGAAGGAAGCAUGCAACUCAAAAACAUUGAAGACUCUUAGCUUGUACCUGCCAAAAUUCCAACUUUUAGAUAAUAUAUCAUUGAUAUAUCCUUCAUUGCCACACUUUAAAUUUACAGUUGGCCAUCAUAAAAGGAGAAUCAUAUCUCGUGUACCUCAUGAAGUUGAGGCAGAAUUCAGAAAUUGGGAUAAAUGCUUGAAGUUUGUGAAUGGUGAAAGCAUCCCAAUUGAAAUAGAAGCGGUACUCAAAUAUUCUUCUUCAUUUUUCUUGGACAACCAUGCAACCGCUAUGAAUCUAUCUGAAUUUGGGAUCGAGAAUAUGAAGAGGCUAAAAUUUUGCUUGUUGGCAGAGUGUAAUAAGAUGGAAACCCUUAUUGAUGGACAGAUGCAUGACGAAAGAAAUGAAGAUGAUCAAUCUGAAUCUGACACUGGUUCUGCAGAACAUGUGCUUGAAUCUCUAGAAUAUUUGAGCAUUUAUUACAUGGAGAAUUUAUGGAGUCUUUGGAGAGGACCAAAUCGUUGUGGAUGUAUGUCUAGGUUGAAAUUCCUAGCGCUGCAUACGUGCCCCCAGCUGAGACAUAUUUUCUCUCGUACUUUGUUUGAAAAUUUUGUCAACUUGGAGGAGAUUAUUGUUGAGGACUGCCCCCAAGUCACCAGUCUGGUAAGCCGUGCAUCUGUCAAGCCAAUGAUGUCAAAUAAAUUUUUUCCUAGUUUGAAAAGAUUGCUGCUUCUUUACCUUCCUAGACUGGUCAGCAUUUCUAAUGGUCUAUUAAUAACACCAAAAUUAGAAAGCAUAGGCUUUUAUAAUUGCCCGAAGCUUAAAAGCAUAUCAAAAGUGGAAUUGUCAAGCAAAACUUUGAAGAUAAUCAAAGGAGAACGUCAAUGGUGGGAAGAUUUGAAUUGGAAUGAAACAGAGUGGGGAAAUCGGCCAGAUUAUCUGAUGCAUAUGUUUUCCCCUAUCAGUAAUGAGAAAGAUGUUAUGACCCAAUUGACAGAAGAUAGGGAUCUACUAGAAGCUACCAUACAAAAUGUAGGCCAACAACAAGAGUAUUUUGUGAGGCAAGAUCUUUUGGAUUUGACUGAGAGCGUGCAUCAUAAUUCAGCCAAAAUGCAGCAGUCUGUUCCUAUGGCAAGUGGGUCAGGAUUGCCCAAGCUGCGAAAGGAAGAAGAAUGGGCUGCCAAAGAGAUCCAUUUAACGGAUGAUAAACAUAAUGUGUUUGAACUACCAAAAUCUCCAUAUUGCUCUUCAUUGAUUGCAUUGUAUUUGCAAGGGAAUUAUAAGCUGACAGCUAUUCCUCCCCAAUUCUUUCGGCGCAUGGCCCUUCUCCAAGUAUUAGAUUUGUCCCAUACUAGCAUCAAAUCUUUGCCAAAAUCUCUUCCCAAGUUGGUUUCACUGAAAAAGCUCUGGUUACGAGGUUGUGAACUCUUCAUGGAACUAUCACCUCAGGUUGGGAAACUCAAAAAUCUCGAGGAGCUUUAUCUUGAUGAAACUCAGAUCAUGGAUCUGCCAAGUGAGAUUGGAAAGCUAGUCAAGUUAAGUCAUUUGAGAGUAUCAUUUUAUCAUAGCUGUGGCAAAAAGAAGUCGAAAUCAAACUUUGUGAUUCACCCUGAGACAAUAUCAGUUCUCUCGCAACUUGCUGAAUUAAGCAUUGAAGUGAAUCCGGCAGACAAGAGGUGGGAUGAUUUGGUGGAAGCCGUUGUGAAGGAAGUAUGCAACUCAAAAACAUUGAAGACUCUUAGCUUGCACCUGCCAAAAUUCCAACUUUUGGAUAAUUUAUCAUUGAUAUAUCCUUCAUUGUCCCACUUCAGUUUUACUGUUGGCCAUCGUAAAAAUAGAAUCGUGUCUCGUGUACCUUAUGAAGUUGAAGCAGAAUUCAGAAAUUGGGAUAAAUGCUUGAAGUUUGUGAAUGGUGAAAACAUCCCAAUUGAAAUAGAAGCGGUACUCAAAUAUUCUUCCUCAUUUUUCUUGGACAACCAUGCAACCGCUAUGAAUCUAUCUGAAUUUGGGAUCAAGAAUAUGAAGGGGCUAAAAUUUUGCUUGUUGGCAGAGUGUAAUAAGAUGGAAACCCUUAUUGAUGGAGAGAUUAAUGAUGAAAGAAAUGAAGAUGAUCAAUCUAAAUCUGACCUUGGUUCUGCAGAACAUUUGCUUGAAUCUCUAGAAUAUUUGAGCAUUUAUUACAUGGAGAAUUUAUGGAGUAUUUGGAGAGGACGAAAUCGUUAUGGAUGUAUGUCUAAGUUGAAAUUCCUAGCCCUGCAUACAUGCCCCCAGCUGAGAAAUAUUUUCUCUCAUACUUUGCUUGAAAAUUUUGUCAACUUGGAGGAGAUUAUCGUAGAGGACUGCCCGCAAGUCACCAGCCUGGUAAGCCAUGCAUCUGUCAAGCCAAUGAUGUCAAAUAAAUUUCUCCCUAGUUUGAAAAGAUUGCUGCUUCUCUACCUUCCUGGAUUGAUCAGCAUUUCUAAUGGUCUAUUAAUAGCACCAAAAUUAGAAAGCAUAGGAUUUUAUAAUUGCCCGAAGCUUAAAAGCCUAUCAAAAAUGGAAUUGUCAAGCAAAACUUUGAAGAUAAUCAAAGGAGAAUGUCAGUGGUGGGAAGAUUUGAAUUGGAAUGAAACAGAGCGGGGAACUCGGCCAGAUUAUCUGAUGCGUAUCUUUACCCCUAUCAGAAAUGAGAAAGAUGUUAUGACUCAAUUGACUGAAGACAGGGAUCUACUUGAUGCUACCAUACAAAAUGAAGGCCAACAACAAGAUGAUGAAAAGUUGCUUGAAGUUUCAACAGAAGAUCAUAAACACCAGUGCUCAGGUAAUUGCGGUUCAUUACUGUUAGAUUAUAAGGAGGAGAGAAUACCGGGAACAGACGUGACAAAGUCCCCUUCGUCAUGCAUACUUCCAUCCAAUCCAUUGACUGGAACAAACGUGACAAAGUGUCCUUCGGCAUGCAUACUUCCAUCCAAUUCAUGGACGGGGACGGACUUGACAAAUUCCUCUUCGUCAUGUAUACUUCCAUUCAAUCCUUUGAGGACGUUUGAUGCACCAAAACAAGCAUUGAGCUUUUUUUCAUCAGAGAAGAACAAGAGGCUAGAAGAUUGUUACUUUGAUCAGGCUGCAGAAAUUUGUGAAGUAGACGUUGAUGAAGAUGAACCUAAGGCCAAAAGAAGCAACUGUACUGAGAAUGAAAACAAGGGUGUCAUAGGUCCUGUGAGCAAAACUACAAGAGGGCAUAGAGUUGCAGUUCGAACCAGAAGCAACAGUGUGGUACUUGAUGAUGGCUAUAGAUGGAGGAAAUAUGGAAAGAAAAAGAAAUCUGUCCAGGGAAAUCCCCAUCCAAGGUGCUACUACAAAUGUUCGACAAUGGGUUGUCCAGCGAAGAAAAGGUUUGAGCGAGACUACCAAGAUACAAGCUUUUUGAUCACCACCUAUGAAGGGGUACAUAACCAUGGCUGUUAUAACAUGAGAUUGUAUAAUUUGCACACUCGACUUUGUAAUGAUCAUAGGGCGAAUUACAUGGAAGAUGCUGCUGAUUCAGCUAAGACUAUCAGCCCUACAAAAGGUUAUGAAGAUGUAUUUGAAGCACCAAUACAAGAUAUAGGUGUACAACCAGAAUAUGAAGGUAUUCCUGAAGCUUUGAUUCGAGAUGAAUCUCAACAAUCAGCAGACCCACAACCCUCAGAACUAGCAAUCAGAAUGUCAGAGUCACCACCUUCUCCUAUUGGAAGUACUCCCUGGAGUGAGGUCUAUGACUGUGAUUUCAAGGAACAAGAGCUCAAAGAUGAUUCCGAUAAAAGAUUGUUAUGUUGCAGAAGAAAUCUGUCAAGAUGGAAGGAACUAAUCCGAGUUCCGUCUACAGGCUUGGAGGUACCUCCAGACGAUGGCUUCUCUUGGAGAAAAUGUGGACAAAAAGAAAUUCUUGGUUCAAAAUAUCCAAGAGCCUAUUACAGGUGCACCCACCGAAAUGUACAAGAUUGUAUGGCUACAAAGCAAGUACAGCGAUCAGAUGAUGACCCAACAAUAUUUGAGAUCACUUACCACGGAAGGCAUACUUGUACUCUAGCCUCACAUGUAGUGCCUUCCCCAGGACCAUUGGAAAAUCAAGACCAUGGAACCUCUUCUGUACGGUCCACGUAUUGGAAAGUAUUUUCAAUGCUGAACUGCAAUACCUCUUUGGUGGCAGAGCCACAGCCCUCAGAACAAGCAAUCAGAAUGUCAGACUCACAACCUCCUCGUAUUGGAAGUACUCCCCGGAGUGAGGUCCAUGACUGUGAUUUCGAGGAACAGGAGCUCAAAGGUGACUCCAAGAAAAGAAAAACUCCGUCAAGAUGGACGGAACUAAUCCGAGUUCCGUCUACAGGCUUGGAGGUACCUCCAGACGAUGGCUUCUCUUGGAGAAAAUGUGGACAAAAAGAAGUUCUCGGCACAAAAUAUCCAAGAGCCUACUACAGGUGCACCCACCGAAAUGUACAAAAUUGUUGGGCUACAAAGCAAGUAAAGCGAUCAGAUGAUGACCCAACAAUAUUUGAGAUCACUUACUGUGGAAGGCAUACUUGUACUCUAGCCUCACAUGUAGUGCCUUCCCCAGGACCAUUGAAAAAUCAAGACCAAGGAACCUGUUCUGUAUUGUCCACGUAUUGUAAAGCAUUUUCAAUGCUGAACUGCAAUACCUCUUUGGUGGCAGAGGCACAGCCCUCAGAACAAGCAAUCAGAAUGUCAGAGUCACAACCUCCUCGUAUUGGAAGUACUCCCCAGAGUGAGGUCCAUGACUGUGAUUUCGAGGAACAGGAGCUCGAAGAUGACUCCAAGAAAAGAAAAACUCUGUCAAGAUGGACGGAACUAAUCCGAGUUCCAUCUACGGGCUUGGAGGUACCUCCAGACGAUGGCUUCUCUUGGAGGAAAUAUGAACAGAAAGAAAUUCUCGGAUCAAAAUAUACAAGAAGCUAUUAGUGGUGCAUAUCCGGAAAUGUACAAGGUUGUCUGGCUCAAAAGCAAGUUCAGCGAUCUGAUGACGAUCCAACAAUCUUUGAGAUCACUUACCACGGAAGGCACACUUGUACUCUAGGCUCACAUUUAGUGCCUUUUCUAGGACCGUUGGAAAAUCAAGACCAAGAAACCCUUUAUGCUUCGCCCACGAUAUCUGGUAUUACAUAUUGCUCCACGAGCCCAACUCCAAAUCCGAGCUGGAUGAGCCCUAUCAUGCAGGAAAACAUUGACUUUUGAACCUCCGAGCCUAAGGUCAUUUAGUGGCGUUUCACUUGCUAAAAUAUCUGUUUUAGAUUUGGAUAUUUUUUAGUCGGAUUGUCUUGAAUUUGACUUAAAUCAAAUUUGGCAAUUAAUAAAAGUCGAUAAUUCUAAUUUAGAUCAUUGCAUGUUUUGGUCAAAUCAAUGUUAUGGUGCAGAUUGUUUUGAAUUUGAGUUACAUAUAAUUUUAAAUAUUUUGGAUUUUUGAAUCAAGU